UUUCCCCUUCCUUAGGAGAAGCAGCUGUGCCAUCAGUUGCACGGACGUUGCGUCCUGAUGCUGUCUUGAAAGCUGCGUUUCUCACGGUGACUUUGGAAGAGUUUUCUUGCCAUCACUUAUUUGCUCUAUUCCGAGGCCAGCGCCGGUUUGUUGUUGCCCAAAGCUGAGAGCUUCUCCCCGCGGCUCGUACUGCAGUGUCUGGGAGCCUUCCCGGUGCCUUGAGGACGAUCCUGUCACAAUGCUGCGCUACUGGGGUGAGAUCCCAGUGCCAUCCAACCAGGCCAACCGCAGCUCUUUCGACCUGCUCCAGCGUGAGUUCCGCACGGUGGAGGUGCAGGACCCUCCUCUGCACCAGCCGUCAGCCAACAAACCCCGGCCCACCACCAUGCUGGAUGUCCCCUCCGAGCCAUGCAGCCUCACCAUCCACACCAUCCAGCUCAUCCAGCACAACCGGCGGCUGCGCAGCCUCAUCGCCAUGGCCCAGGCACAAAACCAGCAGCAAGCGGAGGGCAUCAAGACAGAAGACAACGAACCUCUGCCCUCUCGUCCGGCCUCACCGCCUCUCCCCGAUGACCUGCUUCCUCUGGACAGCAAGCCCCCCAAAAUGCCAUUCCAGCUGAGGCACAGUGACCCAGAGAGCGAUUUCUACAGAGGAAAAGGGGAGCCUGUGACUGAGCUGAGCUGGUCCUCCUGUCGGCAGCUUCUCUACCAGUCAAUGGCCACUAUCCUGGCUCACACGGGCUUUGAUUGUGCCAAUGAGAGUGUCCUGGAAACCCUGACAGACAUAGCCCACGAGUACUGCUUGAAGUUCACCAAACUGCUACGCUUUGCUGUGGAUCGAGAAGCCCGACUGGGGCACACCCCUUUCCCAGAUGUCAUGGAGCAGGUCUUUCAUGAAGUGGGCAUUGGCAGCGUGCUCUCACUGCAGAAGUUCUGGCAGCACCGCAUUAAGGAUUAUCACAGCUAUAUGCUUCAGGUUAGCAAGCAGCUUUCUGAAGAGUAUGAGAAGAUUGUCAACCCUGAAAAGGCAGCAGAAGACACAAAGCCUGUGAAGAUUAAGGAGGAGCCUGUUAGUGAUAUCACUUUCCCCAUAAGCGAGGAGCUGGAAGGAGAUCUUGCUUCUGGUGACCAGUCUUUGCCUGUUGGAGUUCUCGGAGCUCAAAGUGAGAGAUUCUCUGCAAAUUUGGAAGUAGAAGCUUCCCCACAGACUUCAGGGGCUGAGGUAAAUGCUUCCCCACUCUGGAACUUGGCACAGGUGAAAAUGGAGCCACAGGAAAAUGAGGAGGCCAAUGUACAUGGCCAUGGAGUCCUAGGCAGUGAUGUCUUUGAGGAGCCUAUGUCAGGCAUGAGUGAAGCUGGGAUAGCACAGAGUCCCAAUGGCUCUGAGAGCAGCUAUGGUUCUCAUUCUGCUGACAGUUUGAUGGGAUCCUCACCUGUCUUCAACCAGCGCUGCAAGAAAAAGAUGAAGAAGAUGUGAAGAGAGAGGGCCUUUUUAUUUAGUUCUGAUGGACUUGAAACAUACCAAGAGAGUUCUAUGAUGGCUAUGAUAUAUAUAAAUGGGGCUGGCCCUGGUGUAUGAGGAAGCUUGCAUGAAAUCAUUAUGAGAGAUUUGAUGUGUAGUGCACUUCAUCUCCCCUCAUAACUGGUUUCUGUACUCCAUCCUGACUCGUGAGACUGAAGAUAACUAUAUGCAUUUGAUGGUGUCAUGGCUUGCUUUGACAGACUAAUGAGGAAGUUACAAGUGGAAAAUAGCCGUGAGGAGAUUUGUUAAGUCACAGAAUCAGUGAAUAAUUAGGGUUGGAGCUUUCUAGUCUAACCAAGGCAAAUAGAACAGGUUGUUGAGGGCCUUGUCUCAUUGAGUUUUGAAUAUCUGCAAGAAUGGUGAGUGAAAAAAGAUGGUGAAUGCUUUCUGGGCAACAUUUGCCAGCAUUUGACUACCCUCAUAGCAAAAAGAUUAUUCUUGCAUCUGACUGGAAUUUCCAUGUUUCAACUUGUGUUCAUUGCUUCAUUUUCUGUCACUGUUCAUCUCUGAGUUCAGUCUGACUUUGUCUUCUCUAACCUGCAUAUUAGGUGGUUGUAGACAAUGAGAUCUCUACUUAGCUUUUCCUCUUCUUUUAUCUGUAAAAACCAAACACCCUCAGCCUCUCCUUGUCUUGUGCUGCAGUCCCCUAUCCAUCUUGGUGACUUUCCAACAAAAUUGCUGCAGUGCCCUUAUUGUAAUAGGAAGUGCAGAAGUGGAUAAUGUCCUCCAGAUAAGGUCUCACAAGUACAAUAUAAAGAGAAAUAAUAAUUUCAACACUGUGGCCACACAACUGCUAACUGUUGCAGGCAGCAAGACAGUCUCAAGUUGAGUAAUUUUACUGGGGGAGAGCCUUCGCUGGUGAUGAUGAUCUAGUAAAGAUGCUGGAGGGUGGCCUUACAGUGCCAUCAGCUAGCUUCUUUGGUGCCUUCAGAUGCAUCUUGUCUAUUUACAUGGGCUUGUGAGCAUCUAGCUGUCUGAAGUUCCUACUAACUCAUUCUUCCUUUGCUCUACAUAAUACCUUGUCCCCCUGAACUCUUCUAGUAGACGCAGGGGGCAGACCUAAACAGUGAAAAUGUAUAGUUGUGUUGAGUACAUCAGUCUCAAAUUGCAGCCUUUGUUUCCAGGUUGUUGAACAGCAAACCCACAUUUUCUUGAACCUUUCUUUUGCUUCCAUUCUAUGUAGAAAAGCCCUUCACAUUUCUGUGUGUUUCAACUCCAGCUGAACUUUGCCUUCCCUAAUUCUCUCCCUUCAUGCUUGGACUAUGUAUUUAUAUCCCUUCUGGCCAGCUCAUUCUCAUUCCCAUUUCUGUGUACAUUUCUGUGUUCUCUGUCAGUGCAAACUUUUCCUUCACUCUUACUGGAUUGAGUGUAGCCACUUCAGGCCAGUUGCUAUCUUGACAACUAGUCUGAAGCAGAAUCUAUUUUACUGCUUGCUUUUAUGGCUCAGCUGACUGAUGACAAUUUUUGUUCUGCAGAGUCCUCAGUUGAUCAGCUCAGUCUUUAUCUUGAUUCAGUGAGUAUCUCUCUCAAAAGAAGCUAGCAUGAACACGAAUCAAGAAUGAACAGUCACUUAAACUGGUUUUAUACCUGUAACCCACUGGGAUGUUUGAGGGAGAUUUAUCAGACCUCCCAUUUGUCCUUAGUAUUGCAAGUUUAUCUUUUGAAAGGAUGAGCUCCAGGCAUAGUAUUUUUUUUUUUCCUGUUUCCUUAUAACAUGCCUAGUCUUAGUUCUUUUUUCCUAACUGUAUUUCUCUUUCAUUUUGCAGAAGUGGAAGCCAAACGUUAAAUUCCUCUAUGUCUAAUAAGAAUGUGUGGCUACAGGCUUUUAUGGACAUUGGAGUUAAUAUUGCCCAUUGCAGUUUUAAGGGUUCCUCCUGGGAGGUAAAUUCUAGCUAUUUGAAGUCUAGUCAGUAGUUGAACAGAGGACCGGUGUAUCAGGAAAUCUUUAUUUUGAUUCCCUCUGAGUCACCAUUAGGAAAACUGCAAGGCCCCUGUUUUCUCAGCUGUGAAAAAAGAAUAAUAGUAUUUGCUACUUAGAAGUCUGUUGGAGAUUUAGUUACUAUUUAAAAAGGUACUUUGUUCCUUUAGAGAGUUUUGUUAGAGCUAUGAGCUUUUCUUCCAUUUGAGUAUGGCUGGAAUAUGCUUCGGUGGACACUGAAAUGUUAGUGACCUAUAUUAUACUUGUUUUAAACAAAACAGCUUAUUAUGAACAAGUAUAGGACAGCUGUGCUAUUUGACUGCCAUAGUACAAGGAAAGCAUUUUAGAUGGUGUCCUCUGACUGAACUUUAGACUUCUGCAUCUAAAUUUGUUGCUCAGGGCCCUAUUUGCAGCUGAAAGCAAACAGUCAUUUUUAGGUCAACAUGGGUCUGACCUAGAAGUAGAAGUCUAAAGGAGGUCAGAUGAGUGGUGUUUUAGAAGUAUCUAUUUUUCCACUGUGUGCCAAUAAAGUGAAUUCAACUUGAUUACCUCAGCUAAAGGCAUCCACUCCAUCAAUAUUAGUGAAGCAGUUGGAAUUUAGCCUUUCAUGUCUGGGAGUCCCCCUGUUAGGCAGGUAUUUUUUGUCUUCUACACGUUCAGUAGUGCUUAUCGUUGAAAUUGUAGUACUGGUCUAAAAGCAGACUGCCCAUCUUACUUAACAGCAGAUCCUGGGUUCUCCACAGCACACAGGAUGUGCUAGACCAGGGUCUUGAGGUUCAGCCUGAUUUGGCUCUUGGGUCUGUGUUUGAUACUGCAUUAGAACACCUCUACAUGAAGCAUUUGCCAAACUGUUGUGAAAUAUUUUUGAAUUUAGGACGCAUAAGCAAAGUCGUUUGCACCAUUUUCAGGAGCUAGAGGACAGAGUGGCUGCUGUCAGCAUGGCUUGCUCAUUUGCAAGACCUCAGAGGGGCUAAAAAUCUGCUGUUCUCCAUGGCUUUAGUUAAACCACUUAAGCCUCAGUCUUAAGUGCUUUCUUUAUAUUGCUCAAGUACAGAUGCUCUGUCUUAUUUUUAAUCAUGCUUUCGUAUUUCAUAUCCCCUUUCCACACUCACUUCGCCCUGUUAUACACAUGCUACAAGCCAAACCUGAACCCUCUAUUGAUUCAGCUGUGUUGUUGCAGUAUAAGGGAGAUGUGUUAUUGAUUCUCUUUGGGAAGCUUGUUUAUGCAGGGAUUAGAAAUGCAUCAGCAUAGUUUGUACAUGUAAAAAGUGAUGGCAGAGUAAAAUCUGUACCUCCUUUUUCCCAUUAUGCUGUGUUGCUUCUGGCUUUCGUGCACUGGAUGUUUUCUUUUGUGCAUAUGGAAGCUUUACCUUGUAGGUGAGCCUUUCCCUUCUGAACAUUUGCAGACUUUGAAUUUACAGUGCUGUACAUCAUGCAUGAAAGUGAAAUUUCAAAUCUAGCACACCAGCUCAGAUACAGACAGUAUGCCCUUCUGACGAAUGAAAUAAGAUUUUACUAGGUGUGAGGAGCUAGUGAGAAGUUCAUUGACCAUGUAAUCCCCAAAUUUUAAGCUACACUGAGGUUACACAACGGCUUGGAAUGAAGCUCUGCUCUCACAGUUGUUUUUUUUCUGGUCCCUGGUAAAGUGCUCUGCUGACCCAUCUGCCUCAGAAGUUUACUAUUUUGUUCAUUCUUUCAUCUUUCUCCCUUCCCUUUCCAAAGGUGAAUGAAUGGAAAAUUGGAAUACGGAGGGUUUAAUGCAUCCAUGUCCAGUAGUACUGAUGUCCUUAAGAGAUUUAUUUUGCCAUGAAUUACUAGGCUUUUGAAGUAUUUUGCAUGGGAAUGAUAGAGGAUUGCAGGUGAGAGAGUGCUGUGCAUCAUACUCGUUUCCCUUUUUAUUCCUUUUGAGAAGUUUUACCUGGCGUCCAGCUAAGUUUACUGUCAGUGUGAAAAGUUUAGUGUAGGUCAGACCAUGCUACCUAGUGAUUUAAUUCCAAGACUAUUCAUGCUAAUUUGAAUAUACAUAACGCUGUGCAGAAAAAGAGAUGUUCCCCACUUAGAAAUUUACAACUGAAAAAGAAAAUAGGAAAAUAAGAUUAGAUGGGGUAGGUGAGGCCAAUCUGAUUAUAUGCUGAAUUCUGACACUAAUGCUUAUGUUAUGUGUGAAAGAUAUUUUACUUAAGAUGUUUUUGUAUGUGCAUGUGAGUGAAAUACAUAACUUCGUUUGUGUUUAUAUGGAACAAAAUUGCUCAGAAAUAUUUCAGGCUUUUUGCUUGUUUGUUUUUGAUUUGUUUUUCUCCCUUGCUCUCCUGGAGAGAGUAUCUUUGCAAUUUCUAAGGAAACAAAAACACUUCUCCAGAAAUAAAAAUUCUUGAGGUUUUAUCUGA